AUGACUUACACACGCAUAUUCGGACGUGGUUACACUUUGGAUGAUCCUGAUAUGAUUUCUUGUCUGGCAAUGGUAGCUAACGCGAUUAUGUAUCUUGUAUAUAAUAUACAACUCAAUGUUUCACCGGAACACUAUGAAACUAAUAUGUUGUACAAAUAUGCAGAUAUUAUCGAGUUUGUUGAUGCAUGCUUUUGUGUAUUUGCUUGUUUACGAGACGAUGACUGGUUUUGGUUUCUUCCAUUAGCUGGACAAUAUGGCAUCGCAUUAGGACGAGUUCAAGUCGAGACGAAAACUCUACCACAAUUCGGGAAAGCUCCAAUACUCCUAACGACGAUCACACCAUCUAAACAGAAUGUUCCAUUCCAGUCAAGAGAUGAGGAAUCGACCGAAAUACAAACAUCUUUACCAUGCACUACUGUAGAAAAUGUUUCCAUUCCUGCUUAUUUGGAUCAAGUUGAUGCACAUGACAAACAAGAUCAACGUUUUCUUAAAGCAAGAGCAUGGUCUGCAUUUCAAAUUACAAAUAUAGAAAGCCAUUUCAAUGAUGAUUCAACAAAGCAACAAAAUAUGCCUCUGUCGACAACAUUCCAAAAUCAGCAACUGAAAGAUGAUUCUCAUGAAACCGAACCGUUUCUUGUAGAUGUUGAUCAACAUGGGCCAGUUCUUAAGAAAAAAUAUCGUUUAUCAUGCCGUGCAUUCAUGGGAACGAUGUCUGAAAUAGAAGAAAUCUAUGCUCGGGAUGAUUUUCUUUACGGCAAUAAAUUUCUUCGGCAUAUCUUUAUUUUUAUGGAUUCAGUUUUUCGAGGUAUCGGUCAAGUCAUGUUUGCUAAUAGCCCUUUGUCCGGUAUUAUCAUUAUGAUUGGACUGCUUGUUGGGAAUUGGGAAUUGGCAUUAUAUGGUCUUCUCGGAACGUGUGUGUCAACGUUAACAGCUCAUGUUCUCGGAUUUAAUUAUAAUUUAAUUCGAGCUGGAUUGUACGGCUUCAAUGGAUGUCUGGUAGGCAUGGGAAUAGGUUUUUUUAGUUUUCCAAAUUCUCCUCAUAUGAUUGGCCCUAUAAUAAUCAUGAGUAUAUUUUCAACAAUUUUCUUUAUGGCCCUUGGCAAAAUAUUUGUUCAACGUCUUCAACUUUCAUCAUUCACGUUUAGUUUUCAAAUAUGUACUUGGGUAUGGCUUCUUGGUUCCUUAAAAUAUCGUUAUUUCUUCGUGAAUGGAACCAUACUAUCUCCUAAUAUGUUAACUACACUUGUUGACAAACCUCGCUUCUUGAAUAUAUCUUUUUCUGACUAUUCUAUUCAAGAUAACAUUGUUGGCUUUUUUGCUAGCAUAGCACAAGUUUACUUUAUCGAAAGUCCUUAUACAGGCAUUGUUAUUCUUCUCGGUCUCUGUAUAUGUUCUCGAAUUCUUUCAUUCUUUGCUCUGUUCGGUGCCGUUACAGGUCAAUUGACUGCAGCCUAUCUCUUAGGACUACCUGCAACGGCAAUUCAUGCUGGAUUAUGGGGUUUUAAUUCAGUUUUGACAUGUCAAGCAUUAGGCGGUAUGUUUUUUGUUCUCUAUGGAUAUAGAAUAUGGUUAAUUACUCUUUAUGGAUUGAUAAUGACAGUGCUUGUUCAAGCAGCCGUUUCAGCUUUUCUUGCUCCGGUCGGUAUGCCAACUUUGACUUUUCCGUUCACUUUAGUCUGUUGGAUAUUUUGUCUAAUUGCUGGCUCCAAAGAUUUAAUUGCUGUCAAAUUAUCAGCCAUCAGUACUCCUGAAGAUCAUUAUCGUCGAUUUUGUCUUUCGAAAUUCGUAAAAACUCAAUUUGAAAUUCUGAAUCAUUUUACAAAUUUUUCAUCAUCAUCUGAUGAAGAUAUUACAAUAGAAGAAUUUGCAAAGAUCAAAACAGAAUUUAUUCCUAGUUUAAUAUGUUCGUAUGUAUAUCGAAAUGAUAUUGACAAUUUAAAAAUAUUAACACACGAAAAGAUCAAUAUGCAUUCAAUUGAUUAUAAUUUGCGAAGUCCCUUACAUGUAUGUGCUUGUCAAGGUAAUAUGAGACUAUGCAGGUGGCUUGUUGAUGAUUGCAAAGUUAAUGUAAAUGUGGUCGAUAGUUUUGGUGGUACGCCAUUAUUCGACGCCUUUUGGCAUGGACAUUUUGAUUUACUUCAAUUUCUCUAUAUGCAUGAUGCUCGAAUGCCAGCAUGUAAAGCAAAAGAAUUAGCAUUUUAUCUCAAUGCAUUUGUUUAUGAGGGUAACUUGGAAGCGAUACAAUGUUUAGUUAAAUGUGGAUUUGAUCCAAAUAUCGGCGAUUAUAAAGAUCGAAAUGCUCUACAUUUAGCAGUGAUUACCAAUCAGUUUAAUAUUGUUCGUUAUCUAGUUGAAGGAGCAAGUGCUCGUUUAGAUGUAGUAGAUUGUUUUCAACAAACAGCAAUACAAUAUGCAUCACAUUUACCGAAUUCGGUUAUUGCUGAUUAUUUAUUACACGAACGAGACAAUUCUAUUCCUGUGAAAAUACCGACAGAAAAAUUAAUGCAUCUCGAAACGGUCUUAAUAACAGGUUCAGCCGACAAGAAACAAGACAAAGAAGAAGAAGAAGAAGCGAAAGAAAAAAUAUUUUCAAUGACCUUACAGGAAAGUCUAUUACCUGCUCUCUUCUCUAUGAAUACAGCUCAUGAUGAUAUUAAAAUAAUCUCCAGUUUUCUCGAACGAUUUCCUCAUCUCAAGAUACUCGAAUGCGUGGACUAUGAUUUUCGUACUGUAGCACAUGUUGCUGCUGUCAAAGGUCAACUUCAGAAUAUUCGAUUUUUUUCUCAACAUUGUGAUAGUUCUCAUUUCGAGUGGAUUAUGAAUCGCGAAGAUCGAUGGGGUCUAUCGCCCAUAGAUGAAGCCUAUCGUCAUGGACAUUUUGAUAUUUGUAGCUUUGUGAGAGAACAUUCACUUUCUCAUAACGAUACAACUCAUAGAGAGAUGCCGCAUUUACCAGAAUCGACGUCUGAGAGCAAUGCCAUCGUUCGUCUGCUACGAAAAUGGAAAAAAAUAUUUCUUUUUUCUACAUUGGCUGCUUCUGGCGCAGCUGAACGAAUCGAUGGACUUUUUAAACGUGGCUACUUUAAUCGAACAGAAGCCUAUGCCGAUUAUGACGGUCACACACCUAUGCAUUCGGCUGUAGCCAAUGGGCAUAUGAAUGUGGUUCAAGUGCUUCUUCGAUAUGGAUACGAUGGCACAACAUACCACGAUCGUUGGGGUAAUUAUCCUGUUGAUGAAGCACGACGAAAUAAACUCCAUGAAAUUGCUGAUGAACUAGAGCGACCUAGACUGUGA